AUGGACAAAUUAUCUUCUUUUAUUGCUGCUCUUGACGCUGGCAAGCUCCCCACCCAGAAGCAGGUCGAUGCUGCAAUUGAGUGGACACUCGAGCAUAUCGUCGCGAGCUUCGAAUCCCCUGACUCAGGAAAGCUCAGCGAGUCAGGUAAAGUUCUCGCACGCGGGGUUCAAGACCUCCUCCUAGCGUACAAGAAGCUUGGGGAUAAUAAAAACUAUGACGAUCUCGUGCAGGAAGUCCUCUGGCAUCUCUCCGAGGGCGAUUAUGCAGAGACGCAUGUAGAAGCAAUGGAUACUGACGAGGCUUCCGCCGAUCUCCAAGCUCUCCGCUCUGCCAUCCGCACUCUUCUGCGUAUAAUUUGGACAAACGUCAGUGGGGAAGGAAGCGUCCUCCUCAACGACUUUGCGUCCUUUGCGCGUCUCGCCAUGGCCGAUCUCGCAGAGGCUAUCGAAUCCGGAGCCGCUUACGCCAAGGAAGGUCUUCGCGAGUUCGACACGGAGGUGCAACAGGGCGACCGGGACAAUCUUGGGCGGAAGCAGAAGAGCCCGGAAGAAUUGCAACGGGAGCAGGAGGAAGAUGCGAAGACGAAAUUUGAGAAGGCGAUGGAUACGGCGAAAGACACCGGAUCCAAGGUUAUAGGCGUCGGGCAGGAGGUAAAGGCAUCUGCUGAAGACAUUGCUGAGCGCACUCGUACCCGUCUGCAAGAGACCUAUCACAAUAUCUGUGAACGUGCGGCAAAGGACGAGGACUACCACCGUGCUCUCUCUACGCUUUUUGACACCGCGUCGAAGUGGCUCAACAGGUCUCUUGACACCGCUGCCGACGUCAAUCAGUCCACAACCCUCGAAUCCUUCAUUGACGAUCCUUCCCCAGAGAAGCAUAUCCUCAAAGCACUUCGUGGCAUCCGCACUCUCGUCGAGCGCGCCGCUGGUGGCAAGUCCCUGGAUGAUGUCUUCGCCCAGCUCCGCCUGUGCGCUGUAGAUAUCAGGAAUGACGAAGACUUAAAGAGCUGGUUCAACGAUUUCUUCGCGCACGUUCGCAAGAGCCUCGACGAGCCUGGGUAUGCACGCUCAGAAGAAGCACGCCAGAAGCACCAACGACUCGGUGAGCGCUGGAAGCAGCUUGUUAAUCAAGAUUCAGAUGCGGGACGGAAGUGGAAAGAGGAUGUACGGGCCUUCAGGCAUGAGAUUCAUGAGUUCCAGCAGGCGAUCACAAAGGAUGCAGACUCGCAGCGCGCGCGGAAGGCACAUGCCACGUUUGCUAGGGAUGUGGCGCAGAGCGUAAGCACGGGCGGACAGAUGGGUAUGCAAUUUGCGCUCGAUCAGGCUUCCUGGUUCUGGCAGGACAUGUUCAACGUUUAUGCGCCACGCAUCUUGAGGGUCAUUCAGGACAUUCCAAUUCCAAGAACCGAGUACGUUGAUAACGAGAUCGAGUUUGUACUUGAGAACCUCGACGUCUCCUCGUUGAGCUUGCUUCCUGGGCACGUCUACAUCCGCAAUAUCACUGACGUUGACAUUACCGCACCCGCCGGGUCGCAGUCAACAACCACUGCCAUAGGCACCCUUACGCAUAUUCGGAUGCAAGCAGUCCAGCUUUCGCUCAAGGAGGUAUCAUUCUUUUACAAGGAUAAAGUUGCUACCGUCGGGCCCAAGGAUUUCAGUGGUCUCAUGGAGUUUAGUCUCCCUCCAAAGGGCAUCGACAUCGAUCUGAAGUUCCGCUUGAUUCCAAACACGCUCCAAGGCCUGAAGGAGCGCGAGCGUCUUGGACGGUUCUUCACGAUCGAGCGUGUCGAGGUGAAUGUGGCGGAGGAUAUCGAUAUGCAAGUUAAACAAUCCAAUCACCCAAUCCUCGCAUCCGUCUUCAGGCCUAUCAUUGUGCUUCGCUUCCGUGAGGCCAUUUCACGCACGCUGGAGGAGCAGAUACGGGGUCUGUUCGAUGCUGCUGAUGCUGUGGCGUUUGAUAUCGAGCGGCGCUCAGAGGUGUUCCAGGAUGCUGGACUUGGGACUGCGGCGUCUGUUGCUGCUGCGGUUUGGAGCGAGAUAGGGAGGUUACGUCGUAUGGAGGGUGGCCUUCUGUCCGGUUGGAGAGCCACUGGAACGGGUAUUGUAAAGGAUGAUCUGGGCGGCAGCGCGAAGAUUGCAAUGGGCGCGGAACCACAGAUUCUUUCCGGGGAGAAGAGAGGUCCUCUUGGAAUACAUGCGGAGCCGCUUGCAGAAAGGAUCCCUGGGAUGGACGUCGGAGGUGCCAUGGAAGUUGGGAAGACUGUCGCUGAACGAGUGGAGCAGGCCGGGAAGAAAGGUCUAAAGCAGGUGCAGAGUUUCAAGCAAAGCGUUGAGCACAAGAAGAGGGAUGAGGAGAAGCGAAGAGGAUGGCAGAGUCCAGCAUUCAAUAUCAUCCACUGA